CGGACAGUUCUCUGGCAGAAGCACGCUGGCUUGCUUUCCUCUCUAAAACCAGAUUAUUUUUUAAAUUAUGUACAAUUAGAUUUCUCUAUCAAAGAAGACUGAUGUAGAGAUAUUGAUUAGUUUUGCCUCCUCAUCUUUUAUCCAGAAUAUUUUGGAUUCCUGUUUGGAGUUUUAUGAAGACUUUUCUUUGCAUUGGGAUCUACACCAUACUGUUUUAUGUGUAGUAUUUUUUUUUCUUUUUAAUGCAACUGGAUUCUUAUUUUUGUUCUUUAUUGGGAUGGCGACCACGGAACCAUUUUAAUAUGCUCUAUUUAAGGCAUAUGUAAAUGCCCCUCGUCCCUAAAUCAGAUAUGGAUCGAUGACUGGAGCAUUUUCAUGUAACUUUUUCCCACUUGUUAGUGUGUUUUUCGUAUUUAAACUAUACAAGAGCAAAUUAUAAUAUAAAGUGAGGAGGCACAAUGGCGCUGAGCGGGAACUGCAGGACUAACCUGAAAGAGCAGGCAUCGGUUCAGAACAGUCUCCCCGACGUCCUGGAGCUCAACGUGGGCGGCCAAGUGUACUACACGCGCUACUGCACGUUGGUGAGUAGCCCGAGUUCCCUCCUUGCUAAAUUGUUCUCCAAAAAGGACGCCUCCAACGACUUAGCCCGAGACCCGAAAGGUCGCUACUUCAUCGACCGCGACGGUUUCCUCUUUCGCUACGUAUUGGACUACUUGCGGGACAAGCAGGUGGUCCUCCCGGACCACUUCCCGGAGAAAGGACGACUCCGGAAGGAAGCGGAGUACUUCCAGCUACCCGACUUGGUGAAGCUUCUCAGCCCGGACGACGCCAAGCAAAGCCCGGACGACUUGUUCCACAGCGACUAUGAGGACGGCUCCCAGGGAAGCGAGACGCGCCACUGCCCGCCUCCGUCGCUCGUCCCGGCGGACAGGAAGAGCGGCUUCGUCACGGUGGGUUAUCGGGGGUCAUGCACCGUGGCGCGCGAGGCUCAAAGCGACGCCAAGUUCCGCCGGGUGCCCCGCAUUCUGAUUUGCGGCCGAGUGGCCCUGGCUAAAGAGGUCUUCGGGGAGACCCUGAACGAGAGCCGGGACCCGAACCGGACCCCGGAACGCUACACGUCUCGCUUCUAUCUCAAGUUCCGGCACCUGGAGAGGGCCUUCGACAUGCUGUCCGAGUGCGGCUUCCACAUGGUUGCGUGCAACUCGUCCGUUACCGCCUCGUUCGUCAGCCAGCACACGGAGGACAAGUUCUGGUCCAGUUACACCGAAUACGUCUUUUACCGUGGCACAUCACGUUGGUCUUCUCCUCCCUGCGACUGCUGCUGCAAGAACCACAAAGGCGACGGAGAGGGCGAGAGCGGCACCUCCUUCAACGAGCUCUCCACCUCCAGCUCGGAGAGCCAGUCCGAGGCCGGCUCUCCGCAGGGGACUGUCAUCUGCGGGCCGGUCAGCCGCCAGCCGCACCCCCACGUGAACGUCCAAACUCUGGACAGGCCUCUGAAAAAGGGCCCGGUCGCCAGGCUCCAGCAGUCGGAACAACGGCGGAAAAGCGACCUGCUGCGUACCCUCACCUCCGGUUCCCGCGACUCCAACACGUGCAAGAAAAGGCCGCCCAAAGAGAAGCUGACGGUGGAGGAAGAACUAGAUAGGUGCAUUCAGGACUUUCGGAAAAUCAAGAUUCCCGAGAGGUUUCCUGAGCGCAAGUACAUGUGGCAGGCGGACUUGUUGAGAAAGUAUCGCCUCUGAGCACGCGGCCGACUUGCCGCCGAGGCUUCGGAUCUGUUUACACCUUUUUUUCAGCGAGACUUUUGCGACAAAGAUUAUUCAAGUCAAUCAUUCACCAUUAUGCCCGUGGGUUGAACAGCGACACCCAAGCUUAAAAGAAGCAUACAAAAGCAGACUGUUCUCUUAUUGACGUAACGUAUGUAGUAUGUGUGUGUGUUUAGUUCCCCGCCCAAUCCGAGUAUGUGCUGUUAUCUCUCAAUGAUUCACAGCUCUGAAUAUUUUAAGAGCGAGCCAGGAGAUAGAUGAACCGAGAAAAGGAUCCGUAAUGGUGAAAUGGGGGAAGCGCAAACUCAUCAUUUCACAAAAAGCAAUUGUUUCCCUGAAACCACUGAAAAUGUAAUUGUGGAAAAAAGGCAACUGUCAUUUUCUGAAAAAGUGCAUCAUUGAAACAAACUGUAUAUUCGAUCGCUGCCAGCCCUCCCAGUUCAAGUAAAUCAAUGUUUUUCAACCUUUUUUUUAAACCACGGCACACUUUUCUCAUGAAAAAAAUCCCAAGGCACACCACUAGCAAAAAAAUCUAAAUCAUUUUUGUAGACUAUAUUAGCAUUAUAAAGUCGUAUAUGGACUAGGAAUCAAACAAACACAAAGAAAAACAUAUUUUUUAAAGAAUUAUUACUCACUCAGUGUGACACCUGGCCUUACAGUGGUAUGAAAAAGUAUCUGAACCUUUUGGAAUUUCUCACAUUUCUGCAUAAAAUCACCAUCAAAUGUGAUUUUAUCUUUGUCAAAAUCACACAGAUGAAAAUACAGUGUCUGCUUUAACUAAUACCAAUAUAUAUAUAAUAUUGUUUUUCAUAUUUUAAUGAGCAUAGCAUGCAAACAAUGACAGAAGGGGGAAAAAAAUAAGUGAACCCUCUGCCUAAGGAGACUUAAAUAGCAAUUGAAACUAGAGACGUCCCGAUCGAUCGAGUCCGAUCACGUCAUUUUCAAAGUAUCGGAAUCGGCAAAAAAAUAUCGGACAUGCCUUUUUCUAAUUUAAAAAAAAAAAAAUUAUUAAAUCGUUUUCUAAUUGUAUUUAAUGUUACAGACAUAAUAUGUUACACUCAUCCAGAGUCUUUAGUUUAGGCUUAAGGUAGGGUUAUCAAAUUUAUCCCGUUAACGGCGGUAACUAGUUUUUUAAAAAAUUUAUCACGUUAAAAUAUUUAACGCAAAUAGCGCAUGCUCUGCACGGCCCACUCACGCAUUGGCGCCGUUUUACCUAUAUAUAGUGCUAAAAGGCAGCAUAAAAUGAGUAGAGUGAAUUUUGGCAGCCUUUGGAGCCUUUUUUUAAUUGGCUAAAGCCUUACGAUCCCUCUCCCUACAAUUAGAAAUAUCGUGGGAAGCAAUGUGGGGAAGAAAGGUAGUAAUUGAUCUUUGUCUUAACACCCUAUAUUAUUUCCCAACGCAGAGAAGAUAUAUCAAUUGGUACCACUGCGCACAGUCAUGGUUGCACUUCCCAUCAUCCAUUUGGGCAGAAGUUAAAUGGCUACAGUAUCAUUCACUGAAAGCUCAACAAAUACACUAGAUGGCAAUAUUUCGUCACAAUAUACAAAGUCACAUUUAUCCUUUAAGAAUUACAAGUCUUUCUAUCCGUGGAUCCCUCUCACAGAAAGAAUGUUAAUAAUGUAAAUGUCAUCUUGAGGAUUUAUUGUCAUAAUAAACAAAUACAGUACUUAUGUAAUGUAUGCUGAAUAUAUAUAUUCGUCCAAGUUUUAUUCAUUUUUUCUUAAAUCAUUGCCAAAAUGUAUAUGAUCAGGAAAAAUUAUCGGGAAUGAUUGGAAUUGAAUCGGGAGCAAAAAAAAAAAAAAAAGCAAUCGGAUCGGGAAAUAUCGGGAUCGGCAGAUACUCAAACUAAAACGAUCGGAUCGGGAGCAAAAAAACAUGAUCGGAACAACUCUAAUUGAAACCUAAUUUUUACCAAACUAUUUAAGUCAGGUUUGUGCCAAAUCACUGAUGAGUGGUUUAAAGCUGCCCUGCCCACUAUAAAACACACACCUGGUAACAAAUGUCUUGAUGAGAAGCAUUGUCUGAUGUGCACCAUGGCUCGGUCAAAAGAGCUGUCUGAAGACCUGCGAUCAAGGAUUGUUGAUUUGUAUAAAGCAACGAAAGGAUACAAAACCAUCUCUAAUAGUCUUGAUGUUCAUCAAUCGACAGCCAGAGAAGUUGUCUACAAUUGGAAAGAGUUUAGUACUGUUGCUUCUCUCCCAAUGAGUGGCCGUCCACCAAAGAUGACGCCAAGAGUUAAAAAAAAAAGAACCCUAGAGUGUCUGCUAAAGACUUACAGAAAUAACUGGCACAGUCCAAUAUCUCAAUCUGCACACAGCAACUAUAUGUAAAGCUAUGGCCAAGAAUGGUGUUCAUGGGAGGACUCCACGGAGGAAGCCGCUGCUGUCUAAAAAACCAUUGUGGCUCAUUUAUUUGUUCGCAAAGAGGCACUUGGACACGCCACAGAAGUUUUGGCAAAAUAUUUUGUGGACUGAUGAAACCAAAGUUCAAUCGUUUGGGAGUAAGACACAACAUCAUGUGUGGGGGAAAAAUGGAUCAGCUGAUCGCCGACAGUCAGAGAAGUUGUCUACAGAUGGAGAGAGUUUGGCACUGUUGCUUCUCUCCCAAGGAGUGGCCGUCCACCAAAGAUGACGCUAAGAGUUCAGCGCAGAAUUAAUGAUUUUAGUAGUCGAUUAAUCGUUUAACUAUUUAGAAUCGAAUAAUCGAGUAAUCGGAUAAGAACCAUAAAAAAUUAAAAUACUUGAGCCUCAAAAAGUAGAUAUAAGAGGAUCUAUGUACGACAAGAACAGUUGGCUAACUUGCAUAGCAAAAAUCCGCUAUCUUAAAUGCUAUAAAAUGCUAACUUUUUUUUACAAUGCUCUUAACGAAUGGUUCAGACACAUAUUGCCACAAAAAUGGCUAAAUAUACCAAUAAACUAAAUUACGAAUCCAUUAAAAAAUACAUGAGCUCAAACAAAAACUUAGCUUAUCUUGGUCAUAACAGGGAGCAGAUGGAUUCAGCCAAGUGAAAGGAGGUAGACUAGAGGGCCGUGUAUUCACCCAAAUCAAUAAAACUAAAUGCAAACACUUUCAAAACAAACCAUUACAACGCCACUUUAAUUUAACGAAUACUCGAAGCAGCCACAUUUAAUUUGAAUCUUUUUUUCUAAUCGAAUACUCGAGUUAAUCAAUUAAUCGUUGCAGCACUAAAAAGAACCCUAGAGUGUAUCACACAACGUCAUGUAUGGAGGAAAAAUGGAACAGCUCAGUACCUCAUCACACCUCAUCCCCACCUUGAAGCAUGGUGGAGGGAGCAUCAUGAUUUUGGGCUGUUUUGCUGCCUCAGGGCCUGGACAACUUGCAAUCAUUAAUGGAAGAUUGAUUUCAAAACUUUAUCAGGAUGUUUUGCAGGAAAACCUGAGGCCGGCCGUAAGACAGUUGAUGCUAAAAAGAGGAUAGAUGCUGUGACAACACAAUGAUCCAAAACACAGAAGUAAAUCAACUUCAGAAUAAUUUCAGAAGAGCAACAUACACAUUCUCGAUGACUUGAACCCCAUUGAGAUGCUGUGGCAUUACCUAAAGACAGCAGUUCAUGCCAACAUCCCAGGAAUCUGACUGAACUACAGCAGUUUUGUUGAGAAGAUUGGGCCAAGAUUAGUCCUAAUCGAUGUACCAGACUGAUCUGCAGCUACGAGAAGAAUCUGGUUGAAGUUAUUGCUGCCAAAGGGGCGGGUGGGGCAAAAAUUAAAUGUGAUGAUUCACUUACUAAUUUUCCCCCCUUCUGUCAUUGUUUGCACACUAUCCUCAUUAAAAUAUGAAAACCUACAAAUGUUUGGGUGGUUUUAGUUCAAGCAGACACAGUUUUUUCAUUUGUGUGAUUUUGACAAAGAUCAGAUAACAUUUGAUGGUGAUUUUAUGCAGAAAUGUGAGAAAAAAAUCCAAAAGUUUCAGAUAUUUUUUUGCAUACCACUGUAGCCAAUGAAUGAAAAUUAAGCUACAUCGUGAUUCUGAACAAAAAUUGAGCGCGUCGUAGCGCAUAUUCAGUCAUUGACUAGUACACUAGGGUGACCAAACGUCCUCUUUUGCCCGGACAAGUCCUACUUUCACGUAGUAUCCUUGUGGUCCGGGCGGGUUUUAUAAAUUCAUAAAAAUGUCAGGUUUUUAUGAUUUUUCACGGGACCAAUUUGAAGAGAAUCCCUCCGGCCGCUGGGUGGCAGCGCCCGCCUGCGAUGACAUGGCUCCUAGUAGUAGGGAGGGAAGGAGUACUUCUUCUUGUUUUUGUUGGCAGUUUACCCCUAUCAUGAGGCAUUACCACCAUCUACUAGGUUGACGACUUGGCCACAACCACUGCCCAGUUGUUAAGUUUUUUGCGAUAAAUACGUAUAUAAUGGCAACUGUUGACUUCUGUCGGAGCUUUGACUGUAAAAUCCCGUUUGGUGUCGCAUCGUUGCGCUGCCGAUGAUUGUAAACUUUUAUAGCAAAGUUUGAUUUUUGCCUCAGCUAGCUAUCAGUAAGUUAAACGGCGCUAGGCAUUAUGGGAAACGUAGUUUUGAACUGCUACAUUUGGAAACAUGCUGGCUGAAUAGUUUGUCAGUUUAUUUCGGUUUUUGUUUGUGUGCAAUCUAGAACAUUGAAUGAGAAUAUCAAUUAAAUGGGAAUAACAAUUUGUCAAGGACAAUUGUCGUGAUAGUAAUUUAUAAAAAUGUUUAGUUGGCACAUAGCCUACUGUAUGUAUGUGGAUUGACUGGACUACAUUUCUAUGGGUCUGCAUUUUAUAUGUAUAUAUAUAUAUAUAUAUAUAUUUUUUUUUUUAAGUCAUUAUUUAUUUAUUUUUUCAAACUGCAUUUUUCCAUCCAGACUAAGGGGCACACUUUAAAUAUAUUAAAGUGAUAUAGGCAUCUUUGAGUGGACUUCGAGCAAAAUUCAAGUAUCUUUAGGCCGGGCCGAGUGUCCUCUUUUUUGGAAAUCAAAAUAUGGUCACCUUAUAGUACACACCAAAGUAUACAUUUGAUCACUUUUUUAUUUGACAUCUUGCCACGUAACUUAGUUGCCACGUAACACAAAUUUGUAAGCGCUUUAGCCUGUAGCUGACCUAUACUAGCGAAGUAGUGCAGUAGUAAUUAAGUUAAUUAUAUGAAAAACACUUACAGGCUUUGAAUGCAAAACAAACAAAUGAAAACUAUCAAAUUUGCAUGACCCAUAUUUUCUUAGGCACCGAUCGACCCUCGAAAUGGUGCUUCGCCAUAAAACGAUUCCCCCCAGAUGUAUGCGUUCACACUUAGCAGUGACUUCAGGGUCUACCUAUCUAGUACGUCGGGAGCUCUUAAAAUCUCAUGACAGAGUUUCCGCAACUUCCUUUUUUUUAUUUUGCGCACUUCAGAGGCGGGAAAUGUUACGUUUUCGUCAACAGCUGAAAUUAAUUUUCCUGUUCUAAUAUCAGUUGUAUUGCGAAGGCGCACCCCCGAGUGAAUUGCAGCGCCGUGAAUUGCUUCGGCUCCUGCAGAGCAAUUUCCGAGAUGGGCAAUAAAGUGAAGAUUUUGAUGGUCAAAUCAUAGAGAAAUACACGGGCGCAAUAAAAGUCCUGAUGGAGCGCGCAAGCACCUACCCACACAAACAUUUCCUGUGAUGUUACUCGUGUUUAUUACCUGUUAAAUAUAUAUAAAAAUGGGGGGGAAAUAAUUUAAAACACGUAAUAUUUAAACAUACGCAGGUGCAGUUGUUCGAAAAACAUACCCACAACUGCCCCAACUGUUGACAAGAUGAUCAAUAGUUAUUGACAAAGUCCUCCGAUAACAGCGCUGAUAUCCGCUUCAUGUUGACUAUUAUGAAUGAAGCACUAUCGACGAGUAUUCCACAUGUUUUCCUUUAAAGAUUUCUCUCGUUUUUUCCUUGAUGCUUCCGCCGCCGUACUAAUACGUCCUGCAAAAUUUUAAAAUGAAAAUACCCAUUAAGAUUGUUUCCAGAGCUGGGUGGCAAAAAAUGCAUUAUUUAAUUUAUCACACAUAAAAAUUUAUUUGCAAGAGUGCCAGUCUAAAUAUUUCUCUGAAACCAUUUCUUCCAUGUUGCUUUAAAAAGCACUUUCAUCCAUUAUAGCAAAUCAUAAUUAACUCUGGUGUUCAGAGCUUGUAAACUACAAAGUUUACUAUGAAGCAAGGGCAAAACUACUUAUUUCUUCAAAAUAAAACAAAAAAGGUCCACGCUGUGGAAUUGAAACUGCUCAAAAUGUCUUAGAAUAUUUAUUUUUCUAUCUAAGAGUAAUAAGACCAGUUUUGAUUCUGAACAAAUUCUUAUUUUUUCUACAUUUUCAUCUUAUGAAAGCAGCGUAAGUAGGUAGAUAGACAACAUAUACACGUUUAUCAUACUAUCACCGUCAAUGGCAGAGAAUGAGUUAAAUGCAUACGCUUAGUACUUUGAGGGGAGGCAGGCGGGGCAGUGCGCUCCCCAAGUGGCCGAAAACUGUCAUUGCCUUUGCUAUACAGGUAGUUCCCGGGUUACGAACGAGUUCCGUUCCUACGACGCAACCCGAAUUUCCGCGAUAGCCGGAAUUAACACUUUAUGUACGCCUAAAUACCCCACAAAUUUAAAAAAAAAAAAAAAAAAACUAUCCAAAAACAUGUAUUAUACGUAGGGCUGUCAAAAUUCACGCGUUAAUGGGCGGUAAUUAAUUUUUUUAAUGAAUCACGUUAAAAUAUUUAACGCAUUUAACGCAUGCGCGGAACGACCCACUCAAGCAUUGCCGCAAACAGACUACAAUGCCGCUGUUUGAAGUAUAUUGAGAGCUAAGGGCAGAGACAAGCAAGUGGAGUGGACGCAGGUGUGGCGGGCUCCGCUGUUAUUUUCAAUGUGACCGGCAUUGUCAGAUUGAGCAGUGAGGAAGAAAGUGGUUGAGCGAGAGAGGGAGCGAGAGAGUAGAGAAAGUGCGCAGUUAGCGCAGGCUCAAGUGCUGCGUCCCCCACAUGCUUAUGUUUAGUUAACAAAAGUACCCACAAAAAGCCAUCCAAUGCCUCUCGGUGUUUAUAUGAAGGCCGCCGUCUUCCUCAGGAGGAAAUUGAACGAACCGAGCCAGCCGACGACAUCGAUCCAACGUGAAUCGCCGGUCCAUAGCACCGCCAAUUACCAAUAAGGGCGAAUUGGUAACGCAGAUAUUUAUUGGGGCUGCGCUAUUUAAUGGAAUAAGCGGUGGCCUCUCUUCCACAACUGUUAUAACUAUUGUGGCAAGCAACAUGAGGAAGAAUACCUGGAGAUGAUCUUUUUCUUAACACCAUGUAUUGUACUCAACACAGAGAAGAUAUACCAUUUGCAGCAACCACUGUGACUCAUGGUUGCUCAAAUUCCCAUCAUGCAUUUGGGCAGUUAAGAACUUUUAAGUCGCUACAGUAUCAUUUAGUGAAAGCACAACAAAAAUAAUAUUCCUAUCUCUCAAAAAUAGAAUAAUGUUCACAAAAAGAAAAGCGCUCAAUGCAAAGAGAUCUGGCAUUCCUAAUCAAAAUAGUUAUGGAAAAAACCGUAAUUUCCCGAAUAUAAGGCGCACCCGUGUAUAAUGCGCACCCCAAAUUUACUUGUAAAAUCUAAGGAAAAUUAUUGUACCCGUUUAUAAUGCGCACCCUAAUUUUAGCACCAAUAAAUAGAAGAAUACAAGAAAACAGAGCUCGUGUACAGAUACAGAAAUGUCAUUUUACUGACUGGUGAAACACAGCAUAAGCAUAGCACAUUGGGAGUUCAAAACAUUACCAUAAACUGACAAUAUUUACAGUAAUAAUAUGAUUUCACAACUUUUCCAAUUUACCAGAAUCUAGGAGAAAACAAAAUAGAUGUGACUUUUCUUUUAAAGGCUGCUGUAUAACUUGCCCGUUUCAUCAUGAUGAAUUAAUAUGUUUCUUCCAUGGAUUGAUACGGUAAAAUGAAAGUGAGAACGUAAGUCGGAAAUCCGUGAGAGCUCAUCGCUGUCAACACGACAGUAACAACAGGAACUAUUGUUAUUUAGGUUUGAGUUUCCCGAAGGACCGAUAUAGUUGACGGACACAGGAAGUGUGUGUACUUACGUUUGUUAUGGUCCGAGUUGCGGAGCUGCAAUAAACGUCGACUCAAAUGAGUUCAAGAAACUAAAUUCUGUGCUUUAUGAAGAGUGAAAAAAGCAGAUUUUAACACAGACGAAAUCAGAGUGAAGUAUUACCAAAACAAAAUGGUGACGUCACGUACCGUAAUGGUUGGCAACGGGUCGCCCCAUACGUUUCUUCAACCCAACGUGGCCGUGUCAAUUAAA